AUGGGUAAACUAGAAGGUGUUAUGGAUAAAGUAUAUUAUGAUAAUGUAUAAGAAAAACAUGGAGGACCUUCUUUUAUUUAAAUGUUAAAAGAGCAAAAAGAUAAAGAUACAAUGAUGAGUACUUUUGGAAGUAAAAAGCCUGAUAAUAAUAACAAUAAUUAAAGUUAGUUUAUUAACUAAUAAAACUCACCUUCUAAAAUUAAUAAAGAAUUCCAUUCUACACUUUUAAAAGAAGAACAUGCUCCAAAAAUGAAUUGGAGAUGCCUUAAUAAUGGUCUACCUUUAUGGGCUAAGUAUUUAAAAAACGAGGAAUUCAUUAAUAAGAAAUACGGGCCGUUUAAAAAAUAAAAAGAUCUUCCGAAUAGCAUGGACUUUUUAACUUUGGGGCCUUUAGAAGAUACAAAACAAGACAUUUAUGAAGGUUAAUGGAGAUAAGGACUUAGAUGGGGAUUCGGAAAAAUGAUAUGGAAAGAUGGAUCUUAUUAUGAAGGAACUUGGUAAAAAUCUAAAAUGGAAGGAAAUGGAAGAAUUGUAUAUAGAAAUGGGAAUAUGUAUUAAGGCGAAUUUAAAGAUAAUAAAAAACAUGGAAAAGGUAUUUUUUAUCAUUAAGGAAGGUGUACAUAUGAUGGAGAAUGGAAAGAUGACUAACCUCAUGGAAGAGGUAUUGAAUAUAUGAUAAAUGAUGGAAUUUUCGAAGGUGAAUUUAUAAAAGGAUUAAAAGAAGGAAAAGGAAAGCUUAAAGGAAGCGACGGUUCACUUAUAACAGGUAUUUGGAAAGAGGGGAGAAUAUAAGGAAAAGGAGAGUAAUUAUAUGCUGAUGGAAGGCUUUAUUAAGGAGAUUUUAAAGAUGAUAAAAAAGAAGGCUAUGGAGUUCUUACUUGGCCUGAUAAAAGGAGAUUUGAAGGACCAUGGGUUAAAGGUAACUAACAUGGAAUUGGUUGGUUUUAUAAUCCUGAUUCAACUAAAUGUAAAGGAGAAUGGGUUAAUGGAAAAAGAAUUAAAUGGAUAGGGGGGUUGAUUAAGGAUGAUUAAUUAAAUAAUAAUAAAUGA